UUGGUUUGGUUGGCUUCGCAGUGCAGCCCAACCCACGCACGCAUCUGCCAGAUGCGCUUGGCUGCGCGUGUCUGCCCGCCCCACCCACUAUUCUAUACUCCGAGCCAUCGUCCAGCAGACAGACCAGCAGCGCGGAGUGGAGGUCCUCUCGCUGCCGGCGCCACUCCUCUCGCGGCGAUGCAGGUUCCGGGAGACGUCGGCGGGGGUGGAGGGGAAGCCGGGGACAUGCGGGGCCGGCACCGGAUCCAGGCCGAGCUCAAGAAGCUCGAGCAAGAAGCGCGCUUCCUCGAGGAGGAACUUGAAGAGCUAAAUAAGAUGGAUAAGGUGUCAACAGCACUGCAAGAGUUUGUAGUAACAAUUGAAAGCAAAGCAGACCCUCUACUUCCUGUAACUACUGGAGCUGCUUACCAGUCUUGGGACAGGUGGUUUGAAGGUCCGCAGGAUCUGCGUAGAUGCAAAUGCUGGUUUUUGUGACAAAAUGUCAAGAAUGCAAGCAGCAGCGAGGACCGAUUCAUUUCCCAUAGAGUUUCUUCACAAUCUCUGUUGAAGGAGCGGUAUGAGAAGGGUACUGUGGAACACGGAGGCAGCACUGAGGACUGACUUAAGACUUUGUUCUUCAAUAAGUUCUUUCUGUCUACUGCAUUCCUGUGCAUUACAUUAUCUCUGGUGCUGGUGAAGUAUGAGAUCUUAGCUCAAGAAUGUCGUCCUAGUCUGAGAAAUUAUAUGAACUCUCUUGUUUUUCCACCUAGUUAUCAUGUUGUUGGAUAUUCUGAAAUCAACGUCGAACAAUGAAAAUUGACGAUUAUUUCUCUUUCUGAACUGUGACAAAAAAAAAAAGCAUGGAUGUAUGUUUGUUGCUGUGAAUGGAACUUCUGCUAUUUUGUGAGUCUGA